GGCGGCGCGGCCCCGCCCGGCGGCCUGCUGCCCGGGCUGUGCCGGGGCUGUGCCGGGGCUGCGGGAGCUCCCCGCCGGGAGAUGCGGCUCCGGCAGGGCCCGCUGCUGGCCGCGCUGUGCCUGGGCGCCGCCGGCUCCCUGCUGUGGUACGCGGUGUGGCCGGGGGGGACAGACAAUGACCUCGCCAUGUAUCGAAGCCAGUUUCUGGAACUCCGGCAAAGACUGCUGUAUGCUGAAAAAGAAAAUAAUAAAAGAUCCCAUGAACUGAGCAGUGCCCUGGAUGAAAUUAAACGUAUAGUUGCAAAAAGAAUGAACUCGACAACAAAUCAUACAGAUGAUGAGAAAGUAUUAAACCUCACCAGAAAACUUCCUCUGCACCUUACAAACAUGUACUACUACCUACCUCAUCUUCGAGAAUAUGAAGAUGCCAUUUUUCCAAAUGUUAUUGUUGGGCAGCAGAGAACUGGAGUCUCACUGGUGAUGGGUAUUCCUACUGUGAAAAGGGAAAAACAAAGUUACCUGAUGACCACACUGCAUUCCUUGUUCUAUGAACUUUCUGAAGAGCAAAAGAAUGACUGUGUAAUAAUCAUCUUUGUAGCAGAGGUCAAUGAAGAAUACGUUAACAGUGUUGCAGAAAGUGUUAAAAGCAGUUUCCCCAAAGAAAUCCAGUCUGGUGUCCUAGAGAUCAUUUCUCCUCCUGCUUCUUAUUAUCCAGAUUUUUCCAAUCUGAGGAAAACAUUAGGAGAUUCGGAGGACAGAGUAAGGUGGAGAACGAAACAGAAUUUGGAUUAUAGCUUUUUAAUGCUAUAUGCCCAACCUAAGGGAACAUUUUAUUUACAGUUGGAAGAUGAUAUUAUAGCCAAACCUGAUUAUAUUCAAAGUAUAAAAAAGUUUGCGGCUGAACAGUCCCAAGAGUGGAUGAUUCUUGAGUUUUCCCAGCUUGGAUUUAUUGGAAAACUGUUUAAAUCAGAAGACUUGCCACUCAUAGUGGAAUUUUUUCUCAUGUUCUAUGAAGAUAAGCCCAUAGACUGGCUUCUGGACCACCUGCUCUGGGUCAAAGUGUGCAAUCCAGAAAAAGAUGCAGCACAUUGUGAAAAGGAAAAGGCAAAGAUACGUAUCCGUGCUAAACCAUCUCUCUUUCAGCAUAUGGGAAUUCAUUCAUCAUUGUCUGGGAAGAUACAGAAUUUGAAAGAUAAAGAUUUUGGCAGUAAUGUGCUAUAUAAAGCACAUAAUAAUCCGCCUGCAAAAGUGUAUACAAGCCUAAAAGUAUACCAGCAAUAUACCUUGGAAAAAAUUUAUGAAGGAAAAGAUUAUUUUUGGGCUUCGGCUCCAGUGGCUGGGGACUAUAUCAGAUUCACCUUUUUAAAACCACUUAAGGUAGAAAAGUACUUCUUUAGAAGUGGAAACAUAGAGCACCCUGGUGAUAUACUACAUAACACUACUGUGGAAGUGUUGCUAGCUGAUGAAGCUGAAAGAAAAGGAUUGCUUGACAAUGGAAGUGAAUUUAACUAUCCAGCAACCAAAGACGGAUAUUUAAAGAUAGGGGCUUUUGUAAAUGGAAUUGCAGAAGGCAGCAUCAACCUGCCAAAAAAAAUACAGGCUAUUCGUUUGUCAGUCAAUUCUGAUUCUCCUGUGUGGGUAAUACUUAAUGAGGUACUUAUUGAGACAUCUGAAAACUGAAAACUGGAAAAAAAUAUAUUUUUGACAUGUCACUUGUUAAUGGACUUGCUUGAAACCAGGCUAACAGCAACAAAAACCUGAGUGGGUACAAAGAACAAAUCCAGACCCAUUUUAUUCUUAAUACUGUGUAUUGGGAAAGAGUGGAGAUAACUGUUAAAUAUUUCUAUAAUAUAAAGAAUAUUAAAAGCUGUGAAAAAAACGAUCACAUUAGAAAGUUCCAUAAACUGUUAUUGACUAAGCUGUUAAUAUAUAUACAUAUAAAAAAUAAAUCCCAUCUUAGUUUAGCAACAUUGAUUAUGUAUUACUAUAAACAAUUGAUAAGGCAUUACAGGUUGUCUCAGGGACUAAAACAUAAAAGUAGGACAAGUUUCACUAGAACUAAACAUGUGGGCAUUUGGGGAAAAUAUUAAGGACAUGGUUUGUAACUCCAGGAAGAACACUGGUUAGUUUUGUAAAAAAAAGUUGUCCAUAUUCCUUGCAAGUACUUAGAGCAGUCCACCGGAGAAAGGAACAAUUUAACAACAUGAAAAUGGAUCCCAAAGUUACCAUGUGUUUCAGCCUUAAUGUAGCAUAACAGAUACUUAAUAUAUUUCUUUAAACGGGAAGUGCCUACAAGUUACCAUUUGCAUAACUUGAAAAUUAAAUACGUAUUGUUGAAAGGAGUGUAAAACUUUUAUGUGAAUUGUGCAUUGAAUUAACUAAAGGAAAUAAUCAGGGUAUCACAUGUAACUAUAUUUUUGUAGAAAGAAAAUCUAUUUAAAUAAAAUUUUGGAUCCUGUUAUUUGA